AUGCGAUGGGUCAUUUUGAGAGGCAUGCAAAAACCAUACAGUGGAGUGAAAUUGAGUGUCUUGAAAAACAAUGCCUUCUCCUCCUCCUCACCAUGGCGGUGGUUUGGAACGAGUUCGACAAGUGGUAGUAGUAGUAGUAGUAGUAGCAGUUCUAAUUCAUCUUCUUGUUGUUGGUUUCAAGUGAGAGAUGCGUGGGAGUGGAUGACAGGAUGGAUCGAACGAAUGGCACAGCAAAAAGAAACAGUAGCAGCAUCCUGGAGUGGCCAUUCAUUGAAUGACAACACCACAUUGCAACAUGAGACAUUCAAGUCUUCACACUCUUCACUCACUUCUCAACUUGUAGAAUGCAUGGCACAAUUCAUGAAAUCAUGGGGAUGGAUUGAACCUCUUGAAAGUGGCGGUGAGACACAACAAAUGUUCAGUUUUGAAAAGAAUCCAUCACAACGGUUUCGAAUGAAUCCACACCUUUCAAAACCACGUCUCAUCGUUGUGGGAGGAGGAAUGUCUGGAUACAAAGUGGCCAAACAACUUUCAGGAGAUUUGUUUGAAAUCAUUCUCAUUGAUAAGGAGGGAACGAUGGAUUUAGUUCCCAUUUAUCCGACCUUAAUUAGUGAUAAGAAUAAUAUUCAUCACAUUUCCAUUUCUCAUAAGAAAACACUACCCUCCAACGUGAAAUGUGUGAAAGGUGUGGUGAUAUUGGCCUCUCAAGUCGGAGUCAUUGUGGAAACACUUGAACCUCAAGAAGAAAAUUUUGAAGUAUUUAAAUUAGAUCAUGAGCACUCUGCUGAAAGUUCAAGAAGAACAGAGACCAGUCUAAAUACAGAGCAUGCAAGAUUAUCUGGAAGACUCAACAACUCCCCUUCCUGA